CCUCGCCUUGGGAGGGUUUCCUGGACGAGGUCCUGGUGGCUGCAGCCUUAAGACGCACGGGCCAGGCGGCGUCCCCGCUGCUUCCCUUCAGGCCAGCAGUGGCGGCGGCAGCAGCAGCAACAGCAUGGUGCUCCGGGGACCCCAGCUGCUCCUCUGCGUCCUCCUCCUCACCCAGGUUGCCGCUGAGGCGCCGACCUCCAAGCCCAAGAAGGCUGCCAAUGUCCGGAAAGCGGCGGCCAAGCUGUGGCUGGGGCUGCACGACCUGGGCUCCGAGGGCUCCUGGGUGGACGCGAGCGGCGCGCCCGCCGCCUUCGCGCGCUGGGAGACGGAGAUCACGGCGCAGCCCGACGGCGGCACGGCCGAGAACUGCGUGGCCAUGGCCGGGGAGGCGCACGGGCGCUGGUUCGACGAGCGCUGCCGGGACGAGCUGCCCUACGUGUGCCAGUUCGCCAUCGUGUAGGGCCAGGCCGGGGCGGGGCGGGCGGGAGACCCAAAGCCCGGGCCCCCUCUUGUGCCCUUUGCAAAUAAAGUUGGUGCCACUCGGCGGAGA